CAGUGAUCACAUCUAAAUAUCAUCUCUAAUAUUAUAAAUAAUCAAAUAUUCUUUUUUUUUUAAUUUAAUAUGUAUGAUAUUUAUACUUAAUUUUAAUUUCUUUAUCUUAUUAUUAUUAUAUUAUAUAAUUAAUUUAAUAGAAUUAAUUUUGAAAAUAAUUAUUGUAUGUUGUCCUUUAUACUUGAUAUAUACAUGUAUGAAUAUUACAGAGGUAUUAAGAAUCUACAUUGACUUACGCGGCAGAGUGGAAAAACACGAAUCCAAAAUAUGGCAAGUUCGUCAAGUUCUUUUUUGCAGACAUGAAACAAACAAAGUUUGUUGUUAUGCACAUCCAGAUGCACCUCUUAUUGAAGAUUAUAGAGCUGGAGAUCAAAUUUGUUCAGAAUGUGGAUUAGUUGUAGGAGAUAGAGUAAUAGAUGUUGGUUCAGAAUGGAGAACAUUUAGCAAUGAAAAAGCUGGAGUUGAUCCAUCACGUGUUGGUGGUCCAGAAAAUCCUCUUCUUAAUGGUUCAGAUUUAUCCACAAUGAUUGGUCCUGGAACUGGUGCAGCAUCAUUUGAUGCUUUUGGUGCUUCAAAAUAUCAAAAUAGACGUACAAUGAGCAGUUCUGACAGAGCAUUAAUCAAUGCAUUUCGUGAAAUCAAUGGAAUGGCUGAUCGUAUUAAUUUGCCUAAAACUAUUGUUGACAGAGCAAAUAAUUUAUUUAAACAAGUACAUGAUGGUAAAAAUCUAAAAGGACGUGCAAAUGAUGCAAUUGCUUCUGCCUGUUUAUAUAUUGCUUGUAGACAAGAAGGUGUACCUCGUACUUUUAAAGAAAUUUGUGCAGUUAGCAAGAUAAGUAAAAAGGAAAUAGGAAGAUGUUUUAAAUUGAUUCUAAAAGCACUUGAAACUAGUGUAGAUCUCAUCACAACAGGAGACUUUAUGUCAAGAUUUUGUUCUAAUCUUGGUCUUCCAAAUAUGGUACAAAGGGCUGCUACACAUAUUGCAAGAAAGGCUGUGGAAAUUGAUAUUGUACCUGGGAGAUCACCAAUUUCAGUAGCUGCUGCUGCAAUCUAUAUGGCAUCACAAGCAUCAGAAGAUAAACGAUCACAAAAAGAAAUUGGUGAUAUUGCUGGUGUAGCUGAUGUUACAAUCAGACAAUCAUAUAAAUUAAUGUAUCCUCAUGCAGGAAAAUUAUUUCCAGAAGAUUUCAGAUUUGCAACACCUAUUGAUCAAUUACCACAAAUGUAAAUUUAAUAUGAAGCUUUCAUGUUAAAUUGUAUAUUUUACCAUGUUGAAACAAUAGUUUCGUUUUUUAAAUAAUCAUUUUUAAAUAAUUUAAAAACUUUAUUUACAAUAUACAUUCCUUAAUGAUCUUUAAAACAUUGAUCUAUUUUAAUUUAUUAUAUUUUUUUUUCUUAAAUUUUGUUCUUACAAAGUUAUAUUGUCUAAAAGUAAUAUCUACAAUAAUAAUUUUUAUAAUCUAUUUAAUAUGGAUAAUAAAACAUUUAAUUCAUCAAUAAAAUAUUUAUACUUUAAUUUACAUGUUUCAACAUGUUAAAAUUGAUAAAAUUGAUAAAAUUGAUAAAUUUUUUUAAAAAUUAAAAAAUUUUAAAACAAAAGAUUUAUGUUUGAUACCAAAAAAUAUAUUAAUUCUGAAGCUUUUUAUAAGCAAACUUACAAAUUAAGUUUAUGUUGAACAUUUUUAUAUUUAAAUUUUGUUUAAACAUUGCAACAAAAUAAUUUUCUUUAUAUUUUUGCCAUAUAAGAAUAAUGGAAAUUAAAUAUAAUAUACAAUAAGCAAUUUGAAAGUACCACACAAUAUAAUUAUAUCAUACAUUCUGUGAUACUUUUAUUAAAUAUUGUAAGUCAAAAAUUAUUGACGUCAAAAGACAAUAGCCUUUCUUACAGGAAAUAUGUGUAUAUAUUUUAUUUUCGACUUGAAAUUUAUAUAAGAUAUUAAAUAAGAAUGUUUAAAAAAGAUUUUUAUUUUUAAAAUUAAAAAAUUACAAUUUUAUAUAUUUUGUAAUUCAUAUAAUUGGAUUACAUAUGUCAUUGUUUAUAAUAGAUAUUAAACACAAAAUUUUGAAUAUUAAUGAUCUUUUUUUUUUCAUCACAAAAUUCAUUAUUUUUAUUUUGAAAUAUAAAAUAUGUAUAUAUAUAUUAAGUUGUAAUGUAAUAUUAUAUAUCAAUAAAGAGAAUUGUUAUAAUUAUUAA